UAUUCGUGAAGAACGUUUCCGUGCAAAAAAAAAACCGGUCUUUUGGGCAACACCUCUAUUCACCCCCCCCUCUAGAGGUGUGCGAGGCGUCUAACAAGUGGUAUCAGAGAGAGGGAUUUUCAAAGCUUUACCGCUGAAAAUUUAAAAAGAUCAUGGCCGGAAGAAUAUUUCAACCCGGAGUUGCCGAAGGACAAUCCACGACAAGGCCACCACUCUUCGACGGUACAAAUUAUGCUUAUUGGAAAGAGAGGAUGAGAAUAUUUAUCCAAUCAAAUGAUUAUGAUUCUUGGAUGGUGAUCAAACAUGGAGAGACGGUUCCCACGAAGAUUGUUGACGGGGUUCUUGUUCCAAAGCUAGAGACCGAAUAUACCUCAAAUGACAAAAAGAAGAUGCAACUAAAUGCAAGGGCCAUCAACUUUCUAUAUUGUGCCGUGAACCCGGAUGACUAUCUGAAAAUCUCAAGGUGCAAGACGGCUAAUGAGAUGUGGAACAAAUUAGAGGUCACAUAUGAAGGAACAAGUCAAGUGAAGGACUCCAAGAUCGACUUACUCACCCAUGAGUAUGAGCUUUUCAUGAUGAUGGAAAAUGAAACAAUAGAUGGCAUGUUCGAGAGAUUUUCAACUAUCGUCUCAAAUUUGGAUACACUUGGGAAGCAUUAUGAGGAUCAUGUUCUUGUUCGAAAAAUCCUACGAAGUCUCACACCAGAAUGGAAGUCUACGGUCAAUCCUAUCAAAGAAGGCCGAGAUUACAAUACGUUGACAUAUGACGCAAUUCGAGGUAAACUACUCACUUAUGAAAUGACUAACUUUUCUAGUGCAGCGGAGAUCAAAAGGGAUCAAAAUCUAUCAUUCAAAGGAGUUGCACUCAAAGCUUCAUCGUCAAAAUAUGUCGAGACAAGCGGCUCUGGAGAAAGUGACAUUCUCGAGUUAUUUAAUGACUUCUUACAAAAUGAGCUUGAGCAAUUGAAUGAGAGUAGAAAGCCUACUUGGAUACCUACACCUCUCGCACCUGUAUAGUUCCCAGUAACGGGAGUAGCUUUUUAGUUCUUCAGGUUUGCAGCUUUCGUUAGGUUGAGAUCAAGGAGAAGGAGUAGGCUACUACUUCAAGCCAUUUGUCUUAUGGCUCAAAGUGAAUCCGAAGAGGUAAGUUCUUCUAACGAUCCUUUUAGUUUUGAAGAACUACAAGAAACAUUUGGUGAUUUA